AUGAAGAUCGAAGAGGUUAAAAGCACAACCCGCCAGCAACGCAUUGCAAGCCAUAGCCACAUAAAAGGCUUACUCCUCCUUUAUUUUAAAGCAAAUUUUUAUUUUAUAAGUGAAAAUAGAAUUUAAUAUGCGAAUAGCUUUAAUGCCACCAUAAAUACAAAUUUACCUAUAAGAGUUCUACACCACAUUGGAGGAGUGCAAUUAGACAAUUCUUUAAAAAUAAAUCACUUUUAAUCGAUAAACUUAUAAAAAUAUUAAUUACGAAAAAUUUUUUUUUUGUAAAAUAAAUUUUAUUCCAAAAAAAAUUAAUCCUUUCAAAAUAGGAACAGAAUUUUUAGUAAAAAUAAAGGGGGAGUUAGGACUCAAUGAAGAAGGCCUAGCUGACCGCAGCUCUUCUGGUCUUGUAGGACAAGAUGCAGCACGUGAAGCUGGAGGAAUUGUAGUCGAGCUCAUCAAAUCCAAAAAAAUGGCAGGUCGUGCAAUCUUGCUCGCAGGACCUCCAGGGACUGGAAAAACUGCAAUUGCGUUAGCAAUUGCCCAAGAACUCGGCCCAAGAGUUCCAUUUUGUCCUAUGGUAGGUUCUGAAGUGUACUCUUCUGAAGUAAAAAAGACGGAAAUUUUGAUGGAAAAUUUCCGUAGGUCUAUCGGAUUGAGAAUAAAAGAAACAAAAGAAGUCUGGGAAGGCGAAGUCACUGAAAUUUCUCCUCAAGAACAAGAAGACCAAUACGGAGGCAGUGGAAAAACAGUCACAAGCGUCAUAAUUGGCUUAAAAACUGCAAAAGGGACCAAGCAGCUUAGGCUAGACCCUACAAUUUUUGAAAGCAUUCAAAAAGAAAAAGUUUCUAUAGGAGAUAUAAUUUACAUAGAAGCCAGCAGUGGGAAUGUAAAAAGGGUGGGAAGAAGUGACGCAUAUGCAACUGAAUUUGACUUAGAAGCUGAAGAGUAUGUACCAAUCCCUAAAGGAGAUGUCCAUAAGAAAAAAGAAAUAAUCCAGGAUGUCACUUUGCAUGAUCUCGAUAUGGCAAAUGCUAAUUUUCCCUUCAAAAUUUUUCGUAAUUAACAAAUUUAUUUUUUUUAAAAAAAAAUAUUUAUAACAAAGAAGUAAGCCUCAGGGCGGAAAAGAUUUUUUGUCCAUGAUGGGCCAAAUAAUGAAGCCUAAAAAAACUGAAAUCACAGAAAAACUCCGCGCAGAAAUAAAUAAAGUCGUAAACCGAUAUAUUGACCAAGGAAUCGCUGAGCUCGUCCCAGGAGUCUUGUUUAUUGACGAAGUCCAUAUGCUGGACAUCGAGUGCUUUACAUAUCUGAACAGAGCUUUAGAGUCUCCUUUGUCUCCAAUUGUGAUUUUAGCUACAAAUAGAGGAAUCACCACAAUAAGAGGGACUGAAAUUCAAGCUCCACAUGGAAUUCCACAAGACUUGUUAGACAGAUUAUUGAUAAUCCGAACAAUGCCUUAUUCAUUGGCAGAAAUCGUAGAAAUUAUUGCAAUAAGGGCAAGCGCAGAAGGACUUUCAAUGGAAGAAGAGGCUUUAGCCCAUUUUGGGUAUAUUGGCUCACAGACCACGCUGAGAUAUGUUAUGCAGCUGCUAACACCUAGCAGAAUUAUAGCAGAAACAAAUGGAAGAGACAAAAUCUGCCAAGGCGACGUCGAAGAAGCUGGCAAGCUCUUUUUCCACGGCAAACAAAGUGCCCAAAUCCUGCGUGAGCAAGCUGAUCAAUAUAUUUCCUAA